AUGUUUGCCGAUUUUCACCCGGAAGGCAUCGGGAUUGAGGUGAUUUUCCUAUUGGUCGGGAUAUUUUUCGGCACUAUUCUCUACCUCGCUUGGCUAAGCACCGGCUUUCCAGCGCUCAACUACGAGAUUUUUCUCGUCGAGAUGCAAACCUGGGCAAGCCAUCGUUUCGUGCAGGUGCUCCACGUGGGCCUAAAUGAUGUCCGACAGUUUCCCGGUGAUCUCGUUCGACGGAUUCGAGCUGCUGGAGCAAGAUUCCGCCCCUCAACAAAUGAAAGCGCUCCACGAGCCAUUUCUCACAUCAACAUCGUGAUCCAAUCACCAGAAACCAUUGUAGAAGGACAAGCCAUUGAAUCAAUUCCAAAUGGUGAGAUGCGUCUCUACCAGGUGCAAAUCCCUAUUCAAAUGAACGCUGGACGAGAGAGCGAGUUUUCCGAUAGUGAGCUGGCAGCUCUCGCUACGUUAGCUGUCGUCACUGGAAGAAAUGCUUCUGAGAAUACGCGAACGGUGAAUUUUGAGGGAGAGGAAGUGUUCGAAGAAACGAGAACUGAGCGAACAGUGGAGAAUGCGACUCUGGUUGGCGAGGGACCGCUGCCGAGUGAGAUGGGCGAAUCUUCAAAUGAAGAAUCCUCGGAAACGUCCGAAAGCGAUGAUGUUCAAGAGAAUGAUGUUGAAUUGAUAGAAGAAAAAGAGGAAAUUGAAAAGCCGAAUACAGCGCUGAAGCUAAAGUUUCUUGAUGACACGCACGUCAUGGCGAGCACCGUUUUCAAUCGAACUGUUGGCGAUUUUAAAAAGGAGUUCUUUGCCACAGCGCUCGCCGAAGGAAAGGUCGUUCGAUUGAUUUAUAAGGGGCAACUACUUCGCGAUGACAAUCGAUCGUUAUCCUCAUACGGGGUGGAAGAUCAAUGUGUUGUGCACUGUCACGUCUCCAAUACACCUUACCGAAAAGCACCACAGCCAACCGAACCCCACCGAAGCUCGGGCGACAUACAAUCAGAAAACAGCAUGCCAAGUGUACCAGUGUCUACAGCUCCACCGCCACGAGCCAGCAAUCCAAUCCAACAUGCAUUCAACUCACUUGUUACACAAUUUCCAUUGACAACAUUUCGAGGGGAAACGAUGACAGCCGCUUUUCACGGUUUUAUGAGCGAUCCAUCAACGCCGACUUCUCAUCCACAAAAUCGAGGAUUCUUCUCGAAUAUUUAUCGAAGAUUUCAAAACGCUUUGAGUGCUUUUGAGAGCUCGGGGAAUGGAGAUGGAGUCGAGUUUGCGGCACAGCGAGCUGCCAAUCCUGUUUUCCGGCUAGAAAUUGGCGACUUUGUUCUAUGGAUUUUUGCAAUUCAAUUGGCGGUUGUUUGGGGUUUCUGGUGGAUGUAUCCACAUCUCUGUGACAAUACCGCUUUCUAUUUGUUGCUCCUUUUCACGGUUUAUUUCCUUUUUAUUGUUUGUAGACAUCAUAUUUUCCCAGAACCUAUUGAAACUGUU